UAGUCACCGCGACGCCGGUCUUUGCUUCUUCGGAACCUCCCUCGGUCGCUCUCCGCCGGAAGAAAAGAAACAACAUCGCUGCGCUGUAAAACCCGUACUCCGCAUUUAGUACACGUACUUAUCCCGGCUCGGACUCCACGUGAACAGCUGGUAGAUUAUAGACCUACAUAAUUUUGCAAGUAUACUUCGGCAACGAUUAGUAAUUUUGUACUUUAUAAAUUUUACUUUAGAAGUAUGCAAAUUUUUAGCCUUAUCGAAUCAACAUCGUCUGCUUCAAACGUAGUCACCUCUUACGUUUACUGCUUUUAGGUUAUAAAAGGAGCUGUGAUUAGUUAGCAUUAAUUGGAUGAUAUUGUUUUUACUGCGGUUUUAUUCAGCCGCUUAUUUAUACAUUACUUAAGUUUCAGUGAUAUUUAUUUUUAAUCUAUUUACAUUGUUAUCUAAAGAGUUAUUUAUCGACGUUUUAAGAGAGUUGUCGGCGUUUCCGUCGGAAGAUGGUUUCCAUGAAUAAUCCUCAGUAUUUCAAUAUGUCUGAGAUAGAUGAACGAUACUACCAGAAUGAUUUUUCAAAAAAUGACUUGUUUCAACGUUUGAAUGCUGUAUUAGAUAAUUCAGUUGAUACUGGAACUAAUUCUCUGAACAGAAAAACAAAUCAAGAUGCAUCAGUUGUUGAUAUGUUAGGUCUUGCAUCCAGAUCACACUUUUCUGGUUCCAACUCAAAUAUGCUAGGUUUAUCAGGCAUCAAUCUUCCCAAUGGAAAUUUAGCAAAUAUCAUGUAUAAUGCAGGUUCUGUUGGCUAUUCUGCACAGACAAAUCCAUUGAAAGCUUUUAAUUUAGGAUCCAUUUCAAAGCCUUAUGAAAUUAAUCCUAUAAGUAAACUACUAUCCCAAAAUUGGUCACCUGGUGGUAGGCCAGUGGAUAAUGGGAUGCAAAGUGGCAUGAGGGCAAUAAGAGCAGCCUCACCGCAAUUACCCUUCACAUCGGAGCCCUCUACACUUGAGCAGGCUCUGUUUGUAGGAUGUGAAGGCCUUCGUGAAAACAGGAGUUCUUCACCAACAGAGUCUGAUACUAGUGGCAUUAGCAGUGUAUCUGAACUGAGUAGUCUUUCUGAUUUAAUGAAUAACUUAAAUAUAGGAACUACUGUUGGCUCUGCUGUUCCAUCUGCAUCUCCAUUAAACUGCAAUACUAAUUGUCGCUCUGAUGUUGACAUGCCCAUUAUAUCCUCUCCAUUUUUUGUUGAUAAAAGAUGGUCUGCUAAUUCAGUUUUGAAUGCUAAUUAUGGUGAUUUAGAUUCUAUAGAAAGAGCUGCAAGAUUAUACAGAAAUGCUGCUGCUUUCUGUGAAGCAAAUUGUACUUGGAGUGGACACUUACCUCCAAAAGCUCAUAAAAACCCUACAUAUUCAUGCAAAGUGUUUCUAGGUGGUGUACCUUGGGAUAUCACUGAAGCUGGUCUAGUGGAAGCCUUUGCACCUUAUGGACCCAUCAAAAUUUUAUGGCCUGGAAAAGAUAGUCGCAGUGCGUCGUAUCCCCCUAAAGCUGGCUAUGUGUACAUAAUUUUUGAAGCUGAAAAACAUGUGAAAGCCCUGCUUCAAGCUUGUACUCAUGAUUACAGCAAUGGUGGAAAUUGGUAUUUUAAAAUAUCAUCAAGAAGAAUGAGAUCAAAAGAGGUUCAAGUGAUACCUUGGUCAAUAAGUGAUAGCAAUUUUGUACUCAGUCCUUCUCAAAGACUAGAUCCUAGCAAAACCGUUUUUGUGGGGGCCCUUCAUGGCAUGCUAAAUGCUGAAGGUUUAGCACUUAUCAUGAAUGAUUUGUUUGGAGGUGUUGUCUAUGCUGGAAUAGAUACAGACAAGCACAAAUAUCCCAUUGGUUCUGGAAGAGUGACAUUCAACAACCAUAAGAGCUAUAUGAAAGCAGUUACUGCAGCUUUCAUUGAUAUCAAAACUCCUAGAUUUAAUAAGAAAGUGCAAUGUGAUCCUUACUUAGAAGAUGCCAUAUGUUCAAGUUGUCAGAUUCAACAAGGGCCAAUAUUCUGUAGGGAUUCAGCUUGCUUUCGUUAUUUCUGCCGUAGUUGCUGGCAGUGGCAGCAUUCUGUUGAUACUUACAGAAGCCAUAAGCCUCUUAUGCGUAACAAGACAAACCGUUAAGUGUUCGGCAAACAUAGACUAUGCACAUGCAUUAGCUUGGAAGCACCUGCCAGUAAUUUCUCUCUGCCCUCUUUAGUUUUCAAUGUGUUUCCAUUGAAAAUCUGUUUUUAUUCUUCUGGCAGGCUUUAUCAUUUGCUGUUUUACAAAAAAAACUUUUUUAUUGUUGGUAUAAUGUUCCAAAACUAAUACUUGAUCAGACGACUUCAGGAGAAGUCUUUUAUUUAAAUAUUUUUGUUGUACAAAGUUCCUUCUAAUGCCAGAAUUAUGUUUAAAAAAAUGUUGAUGACGUGAUAUUUUAUGUUAAAACUGUGACGAGAAGUCACUCAAUAUUUCUUACAGCUUUUUAGUUUUUAUAAUGAAGAGCUUGUUUAAUGGGAUAGUUAUUUUGGGGGUUACCAAAGAUUAUAUUAAAUUGUUUUUCGUUUUUGUAUGGUACCUUUUUGGCUGUGCGGGCUUUCGAUAUUAUGCAUCGUUAGUAUUUGAAAUAUCUUUACUAGUGGAACAAUAGUAUUUAUCCUUGGAUUUUAAUAAUUAUCAAAGCCUUUCUAAACCUCUUUAAAAAAAAAAAGCAUUUAUCUGUAUGUAGCUUGAAAAUUUUAACUGGAACACACUCAAUCUGUGCUGUAUUUUUCUGCACCAAACUCUAUAUGCCGAUGUUUUAUGCCUACUAGUCUUACUUUUCUAUAUCAAUACAUAUUCAUUUAAUAUUUUUUAACAUUGCAUAUUUUUAUUUAAUCAUAAGUGUUCUUAAUGGGAGGUAUCGUUGAACGUGAUGUGCCUCUUUUGUUUAAUUUUUUAUGCACUUAUUUUUUCUUUGUAAGUGUGAAGGUUUGAAACUGUUUCAUACGUUCUUAACUUCAUCAAAAAGCAUCUUGCUUUUGAUUUUUAGCAAGGAAGUCUGUUUAAUUAAUCAAUAUUUGUUUCUUAUCUUAAAUGGAUAGUCAAUGUUCUUAACUAGAAAAACAAAAUUAUUCUGAACUUUAGCAUCUUCCAUGUCCAUGUGCCUACUUGCCAUAGAUGUUAAGGCUAGUCAUUAAAAAAAAAAAAAAAAAANAUAAAAAAAAAAAAAAAAAGUUCCUUGUGUAUAGCUAGCCGGAAACAAAAUGGCCUUUCUCAGAUUUUAUCGAUUGCCUUUAAAUCACUUGAUGUUUAAAUGUGUGUGUGGCAACACCAUAGUCAAUGUUGUGAUCAUUUGUUAUACCAUUACUAACAAUAUGCGAUGGCUAUGGUUGUGUGCUCGGAUUCAACUAACCUAUGUGUAUGAAGAUUUAAUUUUUAAAAUGUAGUGUUUUUAAUUUUUGAAGGCACAGCAGCUUCUGUGUGCAAUACGGGUACUGUGCAUUCCAUGACCCUCUUCC